AUGCACAGAAGAGGUAAUUUGAAUUAGUUUAUCGAUGAGAGAAGAUCUUUAAGCAGAAAGAAAGAUGAGGAAAUAUUUGAUUUGAACAAGCGGAUUUAGGAAUUAGAAAAGGAAAAUAAAAAGCAUAAAGAUCUGCUAGAAAAAUUGGAACAAAAAAUUACAAUUGAUAAUAAAUAGACGAAAGAAUUAUCACCUAUUAGAAGAGAUGAUAUCAUGGGAUCAGUUGUUAGUUAAAAUUUCCUUGAAGAUGAGGAAAUAAAUAAGAUUUUAAGUCAAAAAAGCAGACUUCCAAGUUCUUCAGAAAAUAACCUUAUACUGGUGGAUUUUGCUGAUGAGCCUAAAAAUUUACAAAUAGCAAAAGAAUCGAGAAAGUUUCACAAAAUUAAGAAAAAUUGGAAAAUGAUAAGAAAAGGCUGA